AUGGUUCACGUAAUGUGCAGAGCACGUCUUGUGCGCACAUUAAGAAAGCCAGCUGCUCGAUUACAAGCCAGCUGCUCAUUUCGGUCCUGGCUUCUGCUUGGAUGCCUUUGCAUUGUCCUGGGCCUGCCUUGGAGCUUUGCAAUGCCGUUUAGGGCGGGUCAGGAGGCAGAGGCCUUCAAAGCCUUGAUGUCUGCCGCGAGGCAGUUGGAGCUUGACUUUCAAGGCGUGACUUCGAACAGCUCCGUUGUCAGUGAGUUUGACUACGGUGAUGUUUAUUUUCAGGAGGGGCUGCGCCAAGUCUCAUCGGCUUGGUCUUCUGCCGUGGCAGGGAGAGACCUGCGAGAGCUGUGCAUAAGGGUAGAGCCCGACUGGAUCAAAGCCGCCUGCGGCUCCUUGAUUCUCACCUUGAAGAUGGCCUUUCAAACAGGUUAUCCCAUUGAGCUGCAGUUCCAGUUCUUUGGUGGCAGCGAUUGCGACAAGAGCUUUCCAGGCGAGUCCAGUUUUUGGUACGAGGCGGAAGAGCAGCUGCGCCUCGGUCCCGACGGCUGGAGCCAGGCUGCUAGUCUGCUGCCCUUCGAGCAGGAAGAGCCAUUGGAGCAGGAGGAGGAGGACGACGACUUUUUCCCUCCUUACCCAGACAUUUACCCCGCCGUUGUGGCUAGGUUUUUCGCCGAGCAUCUAAAUGUGACAAGGCUGCCGGGCAUGCGAUAUGCUGGAAGAUGCGAGGAAGUACCUGGAGGGAGUCUUUGUAAGCCUGGUGACUUCAGGUUUACAACUGCUUAG